GUGGGCAGGCGGACAUGCGCAUGCGUGCGGCGCCUCGCGGACUCGCGCUUCUUUUCCUUUUCUGAGGUUCUCCGUUUCCCUGGUUUUAACUGGCGUGUGUUUGCAGUGUCUUCCCCCGGGAUGUUGCAGCUGGAAGAACUGGAGCUGUUGAAGAAGAGUCUAGAGGGAGAGGCUGGUCCUCCGGCGGAGCUAUUUCAGAAGAAAGUGGAAGCUUCCUUUUCUAAAACAGUUCUGAGCCGAGGAAUGGAUAACCGGUACCUGGUAUUAGCAGUCAAUACUGUACAGAAUGAAGAAGGAAACCAUGAAAAGCACCUAAUCAUCACUGCUUCUCAGUCACUAGAAUAUAAAGAACUGUGUAUCCUUAGGAAUGACUGGUGCUCUUUACCAGUGGAGCCGGGGGACAUCAUUCAUUUGGAGGGAGACUGCAUAUCUGAUACUUGGAUAAUAGAUGAAGAUUUUGGAUAUUUGAUUCUAUAUCCAGACAUACUGAUUUCUGGCACAAGCAUAGCCAGUAGUAUUCGAUGUAUGAGAAGAGCUGUCCUAAGUGAAACUUUUAGGAGCUGUAAUCCAGCCACACGUCAAAUGCUGAUUGGUACAGUUCUUCAUGAAGUAUUUCAAAAAGCAAUAAGCAAUAGCUUUGCCCCAGAAAAACUACAAGAAUAUGCUUUUCAAACUAUUCAAGAAAUAAAACAUCUGAAGGAAAUGUAUCGCUUAAAUUUGAAUCAAGAUGAGAUAAAACAAGAAGUAGAGGAGUAUCUUCCUUCAUUUUCUAAAUGGGCCGGAGAUUUCAUGCAUAAAUAUAUUUCAACUGACUUCCCUCAGAUGCAGCUCUCUCUGCCAAGUGAUGGUAGUAACAAUAAUUCAACGUGUAAUAUUGAAGUCAUAAAUUCAUUGGAUAUUGAAGAAAGCAUUUGGUCCCCUAGGUUUGGAUUGAAAGGCAAAAUAGAUGUCACAGUUGGUGUGAAAAUACAUCGAGGAUAUAAAACGAAAUAUAAGAUAAUGCCUUUGGAACUUAAAACUGGCAAAGAAUUAAAUUCUGUUGAACAUCGUAGUCAGCUUGUUCUGUACACACUGCUAAGUCAAGAGAGGAGAGCUGAUCCAGAGGCCGGCCUGCUCCUUUACCUCAAGACUGGCCACAUGUACCCUGUGCCCGCCAAACAUCUUGAUAAAAGAGAAUUAUUAAGGCUAAGAAACCAGAUGGCAUUCUCUUUGUCUAACCGUAUUAGCAAAUCUUCUGUUGGAAAGGAGAAGACAAACCUUGCUCCUUUGCCACAAAUAAUUGAGGAAGAGCAAACUUGUAAAUACUGUUCACAUGUUGGCAACUGUGCUCUUUAUAGCAGAGCAGUUGAACAACAGAUGGAUGACAGUUCAGUCCCGAUUGGCAUGCUGCCCAAAAUAAAAGAAGAAACCCAACAUCUGAAGCUUUCACACUUGGAGUAUUUCAGCCUUUGGUGUCUAAUGUUAACCCUGGAGUCACAAUCAAAGGAUAAUAAAAAGAAUCACCAACAUAUAUGGUUAAUACCUGCUUCAGAAAUGGAAGAGAGUGGCAACUGCAUUGGAAACCUGAUUAGAACAGAAUGUGUAAAGACAGUUUGUGAUGGGCAAUAUUUACAUAAUUUUCAACGUAAAAAUGGUGCCAUGCCUAUCACAAAUCUAAUGGCAGGUGAUAGAGUUAUUUUAAGUGGAGAAGAGAGAACACUGUUUGCUUUGUCUAGGGGAUAUGUGAAGGAGAUUAACAUGACAUCAGUAACCUGUUUAUUAGACAGGAACUUGUCAGUACUCCCAGAAUCAACUUUGUUCAGAUUGGACCAGGAAGAAAAGAAUUGUGAUAUAGAUACCCCAUUAGGAAAUCUUUCUAAAUUGAUGGAAAAUACUCGUGUCAGUCAGAAACUUCGAGAUUUGAUCAUUGACUUUCGUGAACCUCAGUUUAUAUCCUACCUCAGUUCUGUUCUUCCACAUGAUGCAAAGGAUACAGUUGCCUGCAUUCUGAAAGGUUUGAAUAAACCUCAGAGGCAAGCAAUGAAAAAGGUACUUCUUUCAAAAGACUACACACUCAUCGUGGGCAUGCCUGGAACAGGAAAAACAACUACCAUAUGUACUCUCGUAAGAAUUCUCUAUGCCUGUGGCUUUAGUGUUUUGUUGACCAGCUAUACACACUCUGCUGUUGACAAUAUUCUUUUGAAGUUAGCAAAGUUUAAAAUAGGAUUUUUGCGUUUGGGUCAGACUCAGAAGGUACAUCUAGACAUCCAGAAAUUCACAGAGGAGGAAGUUUGCCGAUCCAAGUCCAUUACAUCCUUAGCUCUUCUAGAAGAACUCUACAAUAGUCAUUGUAUAGUUGCAACAACGUGUAUGGGAAUAAACCAUCCAAUAUUUUCUCGUAAAACUUUUGAUUUUUGUAUUGUGGAUGAAGCCUCUCAAAUUAGCCAACCAGUCUGCCUAGGGCCACUUUUUUUUUCGCAAAGAUUUGUGUUGGUGGGGGAUCAUCAGCAGCUUCCUCCCUUGGUGCUAAACCAUGAAGCAAGAGCUCUUGGCAUGAGUGAAAGCUUAUUCAAGAGGCUGGAACAGAAUAAGAAUGCUGUUGUACAAUUAACUGUGCAGUACAGAAUGAACAGUAAAAUUAUGUCCUUAAGUAAUAAACUGACAUAUGAAGGAAAGCUGGAGUGUGGAUCAGACAAAGUGGCCAAUGCAGUGAUAAACCUACCUAACUUUAAAGCUGUAAAGCUGGAACUGGAAUUUUAUGCUGAUUAUUCUGAAAAUCCUUGGAUGAUUGGAGUAUUUGAGCCAAACAAUCCUGUUUGUUUUCUUAAUACAGAUAAGGUUCCAGCACCAGAACAAGUUGAAAAGGGUGGUGUGAGCAAUAUAACAGAAGCCAAACUAAUAGUUUUCCUGACCUCAGUGUUUAUUAAGGCUGGAUGUAAACCCUCUGAUAUUGGUAUUAUUGCACCAUACAGGCAGCAGUUAAAGAUCAUCAAUGAUUUAUUGUCCCAUUCUUCUAUUGGAAUGGUCGAAGUUAACACCGUAGACAAAUACCAAGGAAGAGACAAAAGUAUCAUUCUAGUAACUUUUGUUAGAAGUAAUAAAGAUGGACCUCUUGGUGAACUCCUGAGAGAUUGGCGACGUCUUAAUGUUGCUAUAACCAGAGCCAAACAUAAACUGAUUCUUCUGGGAUGUGUACCCUCACUAAACCGCUAUCCUCCUUUGGGGAAGUUACUUCAUCAUCUAAACUCAGAAAAAUUAAUCAUGGAUCUUCCAUCAGAGGAACAUGAAAGUCUUUGUCAUGUAUUAGGUGGUUUUCAAAGAAGAUAAAGCACUGUUUUCCUUGCUUUUCUUUUACUGGCAUAGUGAUCUUCUCUAAAUAUUACCUGUUAUUUGUAAUUUGGAUAUGCUGUGAAAAGUGUCUGGUUAGACUAUGAAGAUCACUUUUAUCCCAAGGAUAUGAAAUAAUGUAAAAUGUACUCUGCUCAGAGUUCCAGUUUUUUGGUUUUUUUUUUUUUUUUGGUAUAAUCUUUUAAACAUAAAGUUCUAUCACUAUGCAGAAUUUAACACAGUAUUGUUUCAGUAUAAGUGUACCCAAAACUGAAAAGUAUGUUUAUACGUACUAUAAGUAUGUUUUUGUGUGACCUAGAAAGAGUUUGACAAAUUUUUACCAGCUUUAUUGAUGGAUUAACUCUAGGAUCUGAGAAACUUUAAGUCUAAAAUUUCAAUACUAAUUUGAUUUUAUAGGUUUUUAUCAUAUUUUGCUCAUUCUUUAAGAGAUUAGGGAAAGAAAAUUAUUUGUUUUUAUUACCUAAGCACAGCCUUAUGAUGAUGAGGACACAGGUGUGAUUCUUUUCUGUGUUUUGAGAUCUCUGAUCCAAAGACCAUUUUGCAGGAUUUUUCCCCUGACUAUUGCUUUUUGGUAUAAGGUAUAUUUUUACUUUAAAUCUAGUCUUUUAAACUAUUAAUUAUAAAUUUAUUAUUUCUCCCUAAUUUCUGAUUGCCCCUUAAUCUCCCACUUGUUAUUUUCAGUAGAUUUUGAUAUAAAAGAAAAUAAUUCUUUUGAGAAGUUUUGUUUGCUGAAUUGAUGAUAAAAAGUUUAUUUUCACCUAUUGUUCAUAUGACCCUUUGUUUUGAGACACUACUCAGUUUUCUCUCUCUCUCUCUUUUUUUUUUUUUCCUUGGGAAUAAAGAUAUUUUUGUAAAAUAAUUGCCUCAAAAUUCUUAAGUUAAGUAAAUGGUGAUCAAUUUUAACUUUACUGUGUCCAUCUUCUGUGGGAGGAUAUCUCUCUCAAGGUUGUAUUUUUUUUUUUAAUGAAUGUUAAAUGUGUUAAAAUUGUUGCUUCUACCUCACCUCACAUGUUCCUUAAAAAUUACUUGAAGUUUUUUAUUAAAUAAAUUGUUUUCUACUGUUA